AUAAACCCCAAACCUCAAAUCCACUUUCUCUCUCCUCUCCCCGGCGGCCACUCUCUCUCUAGUCUCUACCGUCUGACGUGUCAUACUCUCAAAAUCUUAUCAUCUCUUUUGGCUUCCACUCUCACUCUCACUCUCCUCUGUCUCUGAUCUCCAUCUCCUUCCUCCCAUUUUCUCUCUCCUCCCACCUCCCAUGGCUUCCGAUUCUCUCCCCUCCCCUGAAAAUGGCGCCCACACCCCCAAGAAACCCAAGCUCAACCACCUCCCCCUCCACCACCAACAACAACCUCCACAAGAUGAACAAGAUCAAACCGCUAUCAAAACCCUAAUUUCUCCCUCCGAAAUCGCCGCUGAAUUCGCCCACCAUGACCCCGCCAUUGCCCGCGUCAACAACGGAAGUUUCGGAUGCUGUCCCUCCUCCGUCAUCUCCGCCCAACGACGGUGGCAGCUCCUCUUCCUCCGCCAACCCGAUUUGUUCUACUUCUCUCUCCUCCGCCCCGGGAUUGACUCCUCCCGCCGUCUUCUCCUCCCCUUAAUCAACGCCUCUCGCCUCGACGAAAUCUCACUCGUCGACAACGCCACCACUGCCACCGCUGUUGUCCUUCAGUAUGUCUCCCGCGCUUUCUCCGAACGGAGAUUUGCCCCCGGUGACGCCGCUGUUAUGCUCCAUUACGCGUACGGUUCCGUGAAGAAGUCUGUUCAUGCGUACGUCUCGCGCGCCGGUGGCCAUGUUAUUGAGGUACCUCUUCCAUUUCCGGUUUUCGAUAGCGGUGAGAUUGUUAGGGAGUUUAGGAAUGCAUUGAAUUUGGCGAAGUUGGAGAAUCGUAGGGUUAGGUUGGCUGUUAUUGAUCAUAUUACUUCUAUGCCUUGUGUUGUUUUGCCUGUUAAAGAGUUAGUGCAAAUUUGUAGGGAGGAAGGUGUUGAUCAGGUUUUUAUUGAUGGGGCUCAUGCAAUUGGGUGUUUGAAGAUUGAUAUGGAGGAUAUUGGGGCUGAUUUCUAUACCAGUAAUUUGCAUAAAUGGUUCUUUUGUCCGCCUUCGGUAGCCUUUUUGUAUUGCAGGAAGAAGGAGAGGAAGGAACAAGAGGAUGGUGGGUUGGAGUAUGAUGAUGUUCAUCAUCCUGUGGUUUCGCAUGAGUAUGGGAACGGGUUGCCGGUGGAGAGCGCGUGGAUUGGGACUCGGGAUUAUAGCUCCCAGCUCGUGGUGCCGGAGGUUUUGGAGUUUGUUAGUCGGUUCGAGGGCGGGAUUGAAGGGAUUAUGAAGAGGAAUCAUGAUAAGGUUAUUGAGAUGGGGGAGAUGUUGGCGAAAGCUUGGGGGACACAUUUGGGGUGCUCCCCUGAAAUGUGUGCGAGUAUGGUUAUGGUGGGGUUGCCUACUUGUUUGGGGAUUAAGAAUGAUGAUGAUGUCAUGAAGUUGAGGACCCAUUUUAGGGAGAAGUUUGGGGUUGAGGUUCCGAUUUAUUUCAGGCCACCCAAGGAAGGGGAGGUCGGGUGUGUGACUGGUUAUGCUCGGAUUUCUCACCAGGUUUAUAAUACAGUUGAUGAUUAUUAUAAGUUUAGGGACGCGGUUAAUCAAUUGGUGCAAGAUGGAUUUACCUGCGCUGAACUCAAUGGUUAGACAAGGUGAAUGGUAAACGCUAUUCAUAAGCUUUCAUGAAUAAUUUGUAUCUGUCCCAUGUCAAACCUUUGAAUCUUCUCGGUGGCUUUCCAGGACAUAGCCCCAAUGAUGUUGUUCGAGAUACUCAACUGAUGAUGAAUCUAAUUGUAUAGUGCCUUUCAACUUUGAACGGUGUUCCUUGGCCCUGUUUAAUGCUGGGAUGGCCUCCUAGUGGCUCUUGUCGGGGGCUUUGCUGAGAAUUGUGUAAAUGAGUUGCUUUGUAGGACAUUUUAUUUGCAUGAUUUAGUUCGACUUUAGUGUAGACCAGUUUUAUUAGGUCUGUCUUAAUAAUUUCAGGGUAACUGCAGUAUGAAUUUCUCAUUUGUUUUACAAUUUUCAGCUGAUGGUAGUUAAGAAAUAACUAUCGCCCUCUUUUAUUAAUUCUUUUUGCCGUGCUUAAGUUGGUACUGGAGCAAGAGAAGAACAAUAGAGGGUGAUCAGGCCAAAGAGUUGCUUAUGACAGAUGAUUAGUUGAUUACUGAUUAGUGUUCACUAUGAUUGUAUGCCUUAAUUUAUCAACUGUCUGUUCUCUGGAAAAAUGUUUCCAAAGAUAAAGAAGUACUACUUUUAUAAUUAGUAUAAUGUUGGAUGACUCGGAA